UUAGGGGCGUGGCCUCAGCCCGCGCGCCCCUCUCCCCAUUGUGUCGCCAUGGCGGCAGCGGAGACGGACGCUGCGGAGGAGGAGGCCCCGGCCUGAGGAGGAGGAGGAGUGCAGUUUGAUCCCCUCCGGGCCCCUCGCCCGCCCGGGGUGACAGGGUGACGGCGGCGGCGCGACUGGCCAUGGUGGCCAGAAGCACAGAUAACCUGGAUGGUCCAGGGGAGGGGCCUGUACAGCCCCUACCCCCUUCAGGGAGCUCUAACGUGAAGGGGAAACCUGGCAAGAGGAUCUCUGCCCCUCGUGGCCCUUUUCCCCGGCUGGCUGACUGUGCCCAUUUCCACUAUGAGAAUGUCGAUUUCGGCCACAUUCAGCUGCUGCUAUCUCCAGAUCGUGAAGGCGCCAAUCUCCCUAGCGAUAAUGAGCUGGUGUUUGGGGUCCAGGUGACCUGUCAGGGCCGGUCCUGGCCUGUUCUCCGAAGCUAUGAGGAUUUCCGCUCCCUGGAUAGCCAUCUUCAUCGCUGCAUCUUUGACCGUCGGUUCUCUCGCCUUCCAGAACUGCCCCCAGCUCCAGAGGGCUCCCGGAACCAGCUGCUAGUGCCACUGCUCCUACAGUAUCUUGAAACCCUCACUGGACUGGUGGACAGCAACCUCAACUGUGGCCCCGUGCUUACCUGGAUGGAACUGGAUAACCACGGCCGACGGCUGCUCCUCAGCGAGGAGGCCUCCCUGAACAUUCCUGCGGUGGCUGCGGCACACGUGGUCAAACGGUACACGGCCCAGGCCCCAGAUGAGCUGUCCUUUGAGGUUGGUGACAUUGUCUCUGUGAUUGACAUGCCACCCACAGAGGACCGAAGCUGGUGGCGUGGGAAACAUGGAUUCCAGGUUGGUUUCUUCCCCAGCGAGUGUGUGGAGCUGUUCACUGAACGACCAGGCCUGGGGGUCAAAGCUGAUCCUGAUGGCCCCACAUCCAGCAUCCCAGCUCCCCUAAGGGAGGGCCCUCCCUCUCUCACGUCAGUGCCCCGGCCCCGAGGAAAGCUUGCAGGCCUCCUCCGUUCUUUCAUUCGCUCCCGCCCAUCUCGUCAGCGGCUACGGCAGCGGGGCAUCCUUCGGCAACGUGUCUUUGGCUGUGACCUCGGGGAGCAUCUCAGCAACUCUGGCCAAGAUGUUCCCCAAGUCUUGCGCUGUUGCUCAGAGUUCAUCGAGGCCCAUGGCGUUGUGGAUGGGAUCUACCGCCUCUCAGGUGUUUCUUCCAACAUCCAGAAACUGAGGCAUGAGUUUGACAGUGAGCGGAUCCCGGAACUGAGCGGACCAGCCUUCCUCCAGGACAUCCACAGUGUCUCUUCCCUUUGCAAACUCUACUUUCGAGAGCUGCCUAACCCCCUGCUCACCUACCAGCUCUAUGGAAAAUUCAGUGAGGCCAUGUCUGUGCCAGGGGAGGAGGAGCGGCUGGUUCGCGUUCACGAUGUCAUCCAGCAAUUGCCCCCACCUCAUUACCGGACUCUGGAGUACCUGCUUCGGCACCUCUCUCGGAUGGCCCAGCACAGUGCCAACACCAGCAUGCACGCCCGAAACCUGGCCAUCGUAUGGGCUCCCAACCUGCUUCGGUCAAUGGAGCUGGAGUCAGUAGGGCUUGGUGGGGCUGCUGCCUUCCGCGAGGUUCGAGUCCAGUCUGUUGUUGUGGAGUUUCUUCUCAGCCACGUGGAUGUUUUAUUCAGCGACACGUUCACCUCGGCAGGCCUAGAUCCUGCAGGUCGCUGUCUCCUCUCCAGGCCUAAGUCCCUUGUGGGCAGCGGACCCUCCACUCGCCUCCUCUCCCUAGAGGAGGCUCAGGCUCGGUCACAGGGUCAACUGUCUGGACAGGGGGCCAAGGCUUCUACUUCACCUGAAGACCAGAGGAAGGGGGUCAUUGGAGAGAAGCGUAGGAAACCAGGUGGCAGCAGCUGGAAGACCUUCUUUGCCCUGGGCAGAGGCCCUUCCUCGGUCCGAAAGAAGCCCUUGCCCUGGCGUGGAGCUGGUCAAGGGUCCCAGCCGCCCCCAGGUGGCCCAGUGGAAGCAGCCCCUCUGCGCUCAGCCAAGAGUGAGGAGUCCUUGUCAUCCCAGGCCAGUGGAGCUGGCCUGCAGAGGCUCCACCGAUUGCGCAGGCCCCGGUCCAGCAGCGAUGCUUUCCCCGUGGCUCCUGGUCUGGCCGGCUCCUGUGAAAGCCUUUCUUCCAGCACGUCGUCUUCCUCCUCCAGCAGCACCACCUCUGUGGGGAGUGGGGAGCUGGUGGGCUCUCCCCCACACCGAGUUUCAGCCUGGCUGGAUGAUGGUGACGACUUGGACUUUAGCCCCCCUACAUGCCUGGAGGGGCUGAGAGGCCUUGACUUUGAUCCUCUCACCUUCCGCUGCAGCAGCCCUACCCCUGGGGACCCUGCCCCUCCUGCCAGUCCUGCCCCCCCAGCCCCUACUGGCUCUUUCAUCCAUAAAGCCACCCCCCCAACUCGUUCUCCUCGAGGCCCGGCAAGCCCUGCCCCCCCCACAGCUCUGGAUAUCUCUGAGCCUGUAGCUGUUUCUGUGCCCCCUGCUGUGCUGGAGCUGCUGGGGGGUGGUGCCCCUGCCACCCCAUCCCCUCCACCUGCCACCCCUGCUCCCCAGCUCAUCCCCCUGCUGCUGCGCAGUGCCGAGACUGAGCUGAGUGACAGCUGCCAGAGGGAAAUCCGGAGUAAAUUGUCCUUAACCAGCCAGAGAGACCUACAAGGGUCACUUAGUCCUGUGCCUGGGUUUGAGUCUCCACCUCUGCCUGUGCCCCUGUCUCUCCUUCGCCCCGGAGGGGCCCCUCCCCCACCUCCCAAGAAUCCAGCCCGCUUGAUGGCCCUGGCUUUGGCCGAGCGAGCUCAGAGGGCAGCCCAGCGGCAGCGCCAGCAGGAGAUGGGGGGUACAGUCCCACCCUUACCUCACUCCCCUUUCCGACGUUCCUUGUCCCUGGAGGGAGGUGGGGAAACUCCAGGGGCUGGGAGCCCUGGGCCUCUCUACUCCAUGGUGAGCUCCAGCCACCAAGCCCCAGGUCCCCCAGCCUCCUUGCAGCGGCAGCAGAGUGACGGUGGCCUGUUGCGCACACACGUUUCUGGUCCCCCACGGAGGGAAUGGAGAGGCCCUGCACAGGUCAGUGAGAACAGCAGGAAAGGCUCCCAUCAGCCCAGACAAGCUGUAAAAUCUGCAGCUCUCAACAAGUCCCCUUCUCCUUCACAGGUGCCUGCCUCCUUUUUCUCCUCUGCUGUGACCUCUCCCAACCCCGAAGAGCGCCCCUCACCUUUCCUGGCCCCCCCUAAGCCUCCUCUUCACUCCCUGGGUGCUCCUCCCUUCCGGCCCGGUCCUCAGCUCCCUACCCGCAGGACCCCACAUGCUCCCACAUUGCCCCCUGAUAAGGGGGAAAACCUGUACUAUGAGAUCAGUGGGGGUGAGGGGCCUCCCUACCCAGGCCUGCCUAGGCCUUGGGCUUCCUUCCACCAGGCCCCUGAGGGGCUCAAUGCUUCCUAUGGGAUUCGGGAACAGUCACCACCCCAGGGACUUCCUGACUUCCUCUUCUGCUACCCCCCACCCCCACCUCACCCAUACCCCCCAGCAUUGCAACCUUUUUCCCAACAUAGCCGCCUCUGCUACCACCCCCAAGAAUCCCGGCGGCGCCUGGCCCAUCUGGAACCUGUCUAUGUCAACUUGCCCCUAGGUGGAGGUGGACCCUCCCCUACCUCCUCCUCUUCUUGUUCUUCCUCCCCUCCUGCCCACCCCCGAAGUCGCUCUGACCCUGGUCCCCCAGCCCCUCGACUCCCUCACAAGCAGCGCUCCUGGGGACCCCGGCCUCCUCGACCCUGGGGGCCUCCAGAUCCCCUCCUACUCUACCGGAUGCCCACCCAGGCCUAUGGGAAAGGAGCUGGGGAGGGUCCUCAUGGGGUUCAAUAUGGAAACGUGGGGGAUGGCCAUGGAGAGGGGGCUGGCCCCCCACCCUCCUACCUGCCUCCCCCAAGCUGGUCCCUCCAUGCUAAGGGCCAGACACACAGCUACUGCUGAGUCUCCUAAUGAUUCUUUUUUGUAACAUGGCUCCCUAUGUUGGUGGACGGGAAUCCUUGGAGCCCUAGCUGGCUGUGCCUGUUGAUGAUGACCAAGGUCCCCACAGAGGACCCUCUGCCAUCACUGGCCCUAGGGCCCCAAUUCAGUGAUCCAUUUUGUAAUUUUUCCCAAUUCCUCAAGUUUCUAACUUUGUAAACUGGUUCCAAUGUGAUCUCAUAACCUGUUAACUGUAGUUUCUCUGCCCUCCCCACAAAAAACUUUUUACACCUCUACUGCCCUGGGGUUUCUUGCACUAAUUUGGGGGAGACUGAAGAUGAAAACACUUCACCUCCCCCCAACUCCCAGGAUCCCCCAGCAUGUCCUGAUCCCCUCCCCCUUCUCAUUGCCCUGUACGUGCAGCUACGAAUGUGUGCCCAGAUGAAGGGCAUUGGGGGUGUGUGUAUAUAUGUGUGUGUGUGUGUGUGUGUGUGUGCGCGCGCGCCCAAGUAUGCACAUCUGAGUGCGUGUAUCCCUGCUGAGCUCCAAUCCUGUGUACUAAACAUUUAAAAACAAAUUUUAACAUUAACAGAAAUAAAAGUACAAAUGAUCUGUG